GAACCAAAGGGCCUUGAUAUCCAGAACAAGUGUUUCCCAACCUGUGUAGAGAAGGAAGUUCCACAUUACCAUGUAAAUGCCUGAGUUAAUCAGAGGUUUGGUAUUUAACAAUAUGAUAAAAAUGGUAAUGUAUUGUUUGUUUGUUUUUUGUCUAGCAUUUUGAGAGUCCUUUUGAGAAGAGACUUGAUUGUUUUUGGGGGGUACUCUUUGAUGUUGUAUAUCAGGAGGAAAUGUGGGUUAAUAUUAUUAUAUGCAUAUAGGUCUUUGCUGACUCUGUUGUAAGAAAGGGUCUGACAUAUGUUUUGUGGAUAAAUUCUCGCUCCAACUACCAAGACUCUUAGUUGCUCCCCCUCUGCUGGUUGGUUGUUGGGAGAAAAACAUAAUGGGGGGGGGGGGGGGGGGUUAAUUCCGAUUUAAGCAACGCGAUCGGUUCUGCAGACAUUUGCUAAGUUAUUGGCAUGACUGAAUAAAACAGGACCCAGCAUUGAGCCCUGUGGUACUCCAGUAGACCUAGUGAGGCAUUAAAAAAAGGAAUUACCGACUUGCACUGCCUGUUUUCUGUCUAGCUGGUUGAAUGUGUUUCAACGGACACUAAAAAUGUUAACAUAAAUUGCAAAGGUCCUCUGCCACUAUUAGGCUUGUUGUCUAACAAUGGUAGAAUGAAAAUAUCCAAUUGUUAUCAUUUCUUUAUUAAUAACAUUUUCUCUGUUUCAGUGCUCAUUGGAACCCAAAUUGUCAUAAGUAACCCUAAAAUGUGUCCAGUUGUUCCUGUUUUACCAAGUCAAAAUAAUUGCUGUGAAAUGUUAUCUGUGGAUUUUUUGUGUGUGUAUUAUUGUACCUAAACUAAAUUAAAUACAGAGUUAAGAAAAGUCUUAGUGAUUUCAUUUUUUAAAAUGGGAGUUGAAUGUAAUGCCUGAUUAAGUCAUGAAAUUGUCCGCACAAAUAUCUCCUGUUUUUGAGCAAUACAAGUGUAAUACAAACAAUGAUGCAAAAAAUAUAAAAUACAAUAAAUGUUGCAGUCCAUUAGGCUUGUGUGCAUGCGCACACAGAAGAUAGCACUGAACGUCAUUGUAACACUUUUCAAAAUGUUUUACAUCACCGGGAUCUAAUCAGUAGAAUCAGUCCGUCAAAUUUCGGUGUUGCACGCUAUUGGACCGGCCCGACCAGUUAGUGCGAUGUGGCCGCACGUCUAUAAAAUAAGAACCGCCCGGAGGCUCGCGCAGCAGUCGCUGUCUCUCCUGACCGGACCGCAUUUGACUUUCACUCAUAGAUCGCAGCCAUGUCUCACCAGUUGAAUCAACCGAAGCCCUUCACCAUGACCACCAUGACCAGUCUGAACAACCAGUGGAGCUCGGACAUCUGCGACUGCUUUGACGACCUGCCCCAAUGUUGUUUUGCCUUCUGGUGCCUUCCAUGCUUCACGUGUAAAGUGUCGCACGACGCCGGCGAGUGCCUUUGUUUGCCGCUGCUGGACGCCUUUGGGGUCAUCCCGCCCAUGACCACUGCCCUCAGGGUGUCCGUACGCCAGCGCUAUGGCAUACAGGGCACCGUUUGCCACGACUGCAUCUACGCUUGCUGCUGCGGCCCAUGCACCUGGUGCCAAAUAUCCCGUGAAAUCCAAGCCAGAAAAAAUCCCAUCACGUUCGUCAACAUGGCGCCCUGAAAAAAAAAAAAAAAAAUUUGAAUAGAUCGAUAGAUGAACCCUGACGUCCCUCAUCCCUCACGUCAUCACACAAGCUGAGAACACAUUCUUGGACUUUGUGUCUUUUUCAGACGGCAAAGCUAAAAUCUGAUCUGAUCUGAUCCGAGUACGUAGCCACUCUCGGAAUGUCACCAGUCAGCUGAUUGAACUUUAGGAUAUGUCACAUCACGUAGUAAAGCUAGAGACCUGACCUAUGUCUCCUGGCUAAAAAAAAAAAUCCAAAACAAAACACUUCAGUCAUGUUAUUGUGAUGGAACAAAACCGAGUCAAG